ACCCCGUUGAGUCAUAUCCAUCGCCAUCACUGACACCAGCUGCCAACACACAAACCAUCACACCCUCUUCCUCGGCCUUAUAGCACACCAGCUUACAAAAUUUUGCCACCGCCAAUCAGGUUUUGGCCUCUGUUCCUCUUCAUUUCUCCCUUUCCCCAUCGUUACCGAAAUACGCCGCUUCAAACAGCUCCAAGACCUGUUUGAUAACUGCCUCCCAAGACUUCCCCCACUCAGACUCAAUCUGCCGCAUUCCUCGCUCCCGUAUGAUCGUUCAAGAAAUUCCACUUUUCAUUGAUUUUCACGACCACGUCAGCAUUCAUGUCUCUCUCCAAGUAUGCUGGUAUUGCUGGGACCUGGACCAUGAACCUGGGUCUCAAUGCUCCCGGUGCCGAGAGCAGCUUUUCUACUGAGGCUACUCACGAGUCUCUCUUUGACCCCGACUACCGUGCCCUUGUCGACCCGAACGACUACAAGGAUGGUGGCAAGUAUCGAUCUAUUGUCAAGUUGCAGAUGCGCUUUGAGGGACAGGAGCCGGGCGACAAAGCCUACGCGAUGGGCACCGGCUGGUUGAUCAGUCCCGACACUCUUGUCACGGCCGGCCACAACGUCUAUGACUGGUCUGGCUACGGCCGCGGACUCGGCCGCGCCGUUCACGUCAAAUGCUAUAUCGGCUACCACGGAAAGAAGAACAUCGACUCGCCCAUUGUUCAGCAGCGCCUAGCUAAGAGCAUUGUCACCACGGCCGAGUGGCUCACCAGCAGGGAGAACCGCCACCGCGACGUCGCCAUCAUCCAGCUCGACCGCCCCUUCACCGGAGACCUCCGCCUCUUCACCUACAAGCCGACUCCCAAGCAGGCCGACGAGAUGAUUGGUGUCGUCGGAUACCCGGCUGACAAAGUGCUUGCCGACGAGGACGGCCCCGAGGAGAGGGGGGCGCAGAUGUACGAAGAGUUUGGUGGCGUGGCCUACAGCCUGGAGAAGAACAAGCAAAACCCGCUCGGCAUGUUGAAGUACCGCAUCUCGACCUAUGGCGGCCAAUCCGGAGCCCCGGUCCUUUGCAGGGGCUCCAAGCUCGUUGCCAUCGGCACCCAUGUCUACGGCGGCGGCGACAAGAACCAAGCAGGCGCCAUCGGCACCUACGGGAACGACUACGAUGCGCUGCUCAAGGUUCUGACCCGACAGCUCCCCACCGCUGGCGAGUACCAGGGCAUCAAGCUCGUGAAGCACGAGGGUGCAGCGAGCAAUGCCCCGGCCCCUCGGCCUCAGACCGCGAACGGGGUUGUCCCUCAGCCUUCGGCUGGCUUCGGUUCGGGUUUCGAGAAGACGGGUCUGAACCAGAAUCCUUUCAUCCAGACCAGCUCCAGUCAGAACGGCUUCAACAACAGCGGCUUCAACCCGGUCGAGUCCAGUCCGGUCGCCUCGGACCACAGCUUUGAACAAGGCGACUUUGUACCAUUUGUUUCUACUGAACAUGACGAGGAUGCCGAGAUCUUUCUAGAGGUUUUCCGAGCCGUCGGACGUCUCGUGAGCGGCUCACUUUCCACAAUCUCGCCCCUUCUCGGCCCCAUCGGCGGCCCGAUUUCGGCCGUUGCGGGCGCCACUCUCAACACCAUCGCCAAUGCGGCAGAGUCUGCGUUCGACUCGUCCAUGUCGCGCCCGUCCAGCCUCGGGUCUGGCUCUUCCAACACCGGCGUCACCGAGCGCGCGAUUCUGGCCGAGGCAUCGCUGCAAGCAGUCUUCAAGAUGCCGUCUGACGACCCCAUCACGCACAGGGUUCUCAACGAUAUGAAAGUCUCGUACAUGGCCCUCGCCCCCAACAUCCAGGACCUGAUUCCCAAGAUCGCUCCGGCCCUCAUCGCAUCGGCCAAGAAAAUCACCUCGGAUGGCAGGUAUAUCGACAAGAACAACAGACGGCGCAGGACCCUUCCCGCUCAGUCUCUGCAGGGUGUCAGCAACGCAGAGGUCAGCUUUAGCGGCAACGACUUCCUCAACGGCCUGCUGGCACCCACGAAGCCGCUCGAAGGCGAGGCCGAGCUCUUUGGCCUCCUGGGCCCCAUCAUCAACACGGGCUUUAACCUCGCCAAGCCGCUGCUCCGCGAAGGCGCUGAGCACGGCCUGAGCUUCGUGGGGGGCCUACUGAGCGCGGCGGACCCCGUGGGCGAGAGCAGCUUCGCCGAAGAGCAGAUCAGGGCCACCGAGCUGGUCAGCAAGCGCGCCUUCAUGGGCGAGGCGGCGCUGCAGGCGCUGUCCAAGCUCAGCAUGCGCGAGCUCGACCAGCUGCAGCUGGUGCCGGCUGACCGGUACAACGAGUCGUCGGCGGACGAGGAGAACGUCUUCGACUUUGUCAAGACGGCCGCCCAGACCAUCGGCGGCCUCGUGCGAGAGACGGUGCCCACGGUGCUCAAGGCAAUCACGCCCAUUUUUGUGGAUGCCGUGUUCAGCAAGAAGGCGGUCAGCGGCCCGGCCGAGCGCUUCCUGGCCGUGACACCGCCGCCGAGGAACCUGAAGAAGAGGGCGUCGACGUCCAUCCUCGACGAGCUGACCCGGCGCCACGCGGCCAGCCCCCCCGGAAUCGCCAAGUAUUGAAUCGUCUGAGGCAUGGACAAGAUGCGCAUGACUUGACAGACCAUUUCUCGAGACCGGCACGCGCACCGGGAUCGCCGCACUGUCCUCUGGUGGUUCCGGUCCGGUCUCGAUCCCGCUCGCACUUUUCCUUUGUUGCUUUCUCUCCGUGCCCUGAUUCUUGUACAUUUGAAGGCCUUUGUUGUGGUGUUUCUUGGUCUCCACACUCUUUGCCCUGCUAUUACCACUUUUCUUCAAUUAUCGUCCGACUACCUACUUUGAUUACUGACGCACAGUCUUUAUCUUUAAUACGCCAGCCCGGCUAGUCUUAUUACCUAUCUUGUACAUAUUUUUUGUAUAUAAUUAGCUACACACACAACACACAAAAAA